AUGCCUAAAUUGACUAAGAUUGCAAACCGUAUUACAGCAGCAGCUGAUGUUGUCGAUGCAGCAAUCUCAGUCGGUGGUCAAGCUGCUGAGCUCUUUCCAACACACCAUCAGUGUUCCAUUGAUAGAAUAAAUAAAAGCUCUAACUACACCCUCUGUAACCCCAGUGUAUACAUCGAAAGUGGUUUCUGCACCCAACCUUUGCCACCGAGUAUCGACCCGACUUCACCUGGGAGUGCACUGUUCACCAAGACUGCCAAGACAGCUCGAGGAGCUGUUGGCGUCUUCACUUACGAUCUCCUCGACAAAUCUACAAAGGAGUCCACAGAGAAAAUAGCUGUCAUGUUCUCUGUGCCCUACGACUUCAACCUGUACUCCAACUGGUACGCAGUGGGAAUCUUUGACAAGAGCAAAGAGUGUAAUCAUGAUCUGAAUUAUCAGAUGUACACCAACACUCACCACAUGUUGACCAGGAAAAAAGCAGGCCUCAGUGUCAGUCACAGCAAGGAUCGAGUUGCCAUCAUGGUAUCAAUGACAGACUCUUACCAGCCUGUCAUGAAGGUGGAAGUUAAAGAUGGCUGA